UUUUGGAUGGAGAGGUCGUUUGAAUAAGUAUAAAAGAAAAUAGUCAACACGGCAACGCAAAUACAACAGGAAAAUAAGUAAAAGAAAAAUAUUUUAAAAAUAAAAGAGAAGUGUGUAAUCAGCGCAACAACAACAAAAGCAGCAGAAGAGACACAUGAGGAAAAAAUUUAACACAGUGGAACAAUAACAAAAUAUAAAAAGAAGAGAGCAUUUUCGUGCUCGCCGCGCUCCGUUUAGUGAUAAAAAAUUUUGUUAUUUAUUUUUCAAUUUUAUUAAAGUAAAAGGAAUGUAUUUUAAACAAGAUGACUACGAAUAGAAUAAGCGUUCUUAACGCUUAUUUUUAUUAACUAUUGAAAAAGGAAAGGUUUAUUCGCAAAGGAAUAACAAUUUCAAAAGUAACAUUUAAAUACAAUAAUAACGUUAUAAACACAAAAUCGCUCAUUCAGUUGAACGACAUUUUUAAUAUAGUUUGUCCGAAAAUCGUCAAACACUAAGACAGAGUAUAUUUCCAAAAAGAAAAAGAAAUGACUAUUAUACUCUUUUUGGUCGACACUUCGUCGUCCAUGUGCCAAAAAGCUUAUGUGAAUGGGGUGCAGAAGUCGUACUUAGACAUUGCCAAAGGAGCUGUCGAAACAUUCCUGAAGUACAGACAGCGUACACAAGAUUGUCUGGGCGAUCGUUACAUGCUGCUGACGUUUGAAGAGCCGCCGGCUAAUGUUAAAGCCGGCUGGAAAGAGAAUCAUGCCACAUUCAUGAAUGAGCUUAAGAAUCUCCAAUCGACCGGUCUAACGUCUAUGGGAGAAUCGCUGAAAAAUGCUUUUGAUUUGUUAAAUUUAAAUCGUAUGCAAUCUGGUAUUGAUACAUAUGGACAAGGCAGAUGUCCCUUCUAUUUGGAGCCAUCAGUGAUAAUUGUUAUAACAGAUGGAGGACGCUACUCAUAUCGUAAUGGUGUUCAUCAGGACAUCAUAUUACCAUUGAAUACCCAAAUUCCGGGUACUAAAUUCACCAAAGAACCCUUCCGUUGGGAUCAACGUUUGUUCUCCCUGGUCUUGCGUAUGUCUGGAAACAAAAUAGACGAAAGAGUCGAAGGAAAAGUACCCCACGAUGACUCGCCGAUCGAAAGAAUGUGUGAAGUAACCGGAGGAAGAUCGUACCGAGUACGAUCUCAUCAUGUGUUAAAUCAAUGCAUAGAAAGUUUGGUACAAAAAGUACAACCCGGCGUGGUUUUACAAUUUGAGCCGUUAAUACCAAAAGAUCCCAACAAUAUGCCUAACGAGGCAUUGCAGGAUUUGAUUUUCCAACCACUUAAGAAAAUGAUCUAUGUACAAAAACAUAUUAGUCAGAAAACCUUUCCCAUAGGUUACUGGCCUCUGCCAGAGCCCUAUUGGCCAGACCCUAAGGCUGUAACUUUACCUUCGAGAGAUGCUCAUCCGAAGCUAAAAAUUGUAACGCCUGCGGUAGAAGAACCUCAAAUGGUACACAAUUUCCCAGUGGAUAAAUAUGAAAUCGAAGCCAGUCCUUUGACGCUCCAGAUUUUGCAGAAACGCGAAAUGAAAAAAUGCUGGCAAGUGAUAAUUUCGAAUGGCAUGCAUGGUUUUGAACUGCCGUUUGGUUACUUGAAGCCUUCUUCAACAACUUCACAGGUACAUCUAUAUGUCUUAGCCUACAAUUAUCCAGCAUUGCUGCCACUUCUACACGAUCUUAUACACAAAUACAAUAUGAGUCCACCAAACGACUUAAUGUACAAAUUUAAUGCCUACGUAAGGUCUAUACCGCCCUACUACUGUCCUUUCUUACGCAAGGCUUUGCUUAAUAUAUCCGUACCAUACACUUUGCUACAAUUUCUGCUACCAGACAACGUUGAUAACUAUUUGUCACCAAACAUUGCCAACCAAUUGAAGCACAUUAAGAAUACGGCCAAGCAGGAUCAAGAAAAUCUCUGCAUGAAGGUGUACAAACAACUGAAGCAACCCAAGCCUCCUUAUCGACAGGUAGAGACGGCCAAAUUGAAUCCAGGCGUUCCCUUGCGUCGAGAUUUAGUGCGUCACCCGUUACAUCGUGAUACCUUUGCUAAAUUGCACUCCGAAAUAGAGCCACUUGAAAACUAUACGAUUGUGGUUCCUCAGCUAACUAGGCAAUCAUCUGCCAAGUCUUAUCGCAAUCCAUUCGAUAUACCACGAAGAGAUAUCAUUGAGGAAAUAGGACGCAUGCGCGAAGCAUUUAUGAGACCGCAACCUACCAGUCUCGUGGCCAAAGAUUCGGGCCACUGUUUGCCUAUUGCUGAGAUGGGCAACUACCAGGAGUAUCUUAAGAAUAAAGACAAUCCCCUGAGGGAAAUUGAGCCCACUAACGUUAGACAGCACAUGUUUGGCAAUCCUUAUAAAAAGGAUAAGCAUAUGGUAAUGGUAGAUGAAGCCGACCUAGGAGAAGUGGCGCCCAUGAAGGGCGGUAGUAAUGGUGCAGGUGGUCCUGGUAGCCCUGGUUCGACUAUGGGACCAUCGGGUGUUCUCAAGAAACUGGAUUCAUCUAGGCCGCGCAAACGUAAGGCUGGUCCUAUACGCAUGGACUAUGUUUUCAGACGUACCUCCACUGAUUCUCGACCACGUACACCCACAUCCACAUCCAGUAUGUCGUCUGCUAGUUCCGCAGUAUCAUCCCUGUCGGAUUUAGAAUCGGACGACUCAGCAUCCGAAACUUCAUCCAUUUCGUCGGGCAUUUCAGAGGAUGGUGAUCCGGAACGUUUGGUGGUGGCCUUUCCUGACUUUGCCGACGAGGAACCACCAGAUCAGGAAUUUGCCUUCAAUGGCUAUGUUAGAGAUUUCAUAAAUGGAGUGGGCGUAGAAAAUAGCUGUGAUAGUUCGAACAAUGAUAUUUUAACGCCACCCAGCAGUUCGAAUCCUUUAGGCUUGCAUGUCGGCCCUCUGCACAAUGGUCAAAUAACACCUCCUAUGAGUCCUCAUCCUCAUAUGAUGCAACCACAUUCUCCUGCCUCGUCGCCCCACCCAUAUCUAGCUAAUUAUAAUAUACCACACGAACCAACCUCGCUACCACCACCACUAAUGGGAUCUCCUCAUAUUGGACUUGGUAGUACGCCACAGCACCAACAACCACCACAGGCGAUGAAUGGCGGUAGUAUCAUCUAUAAUGCACCUAUUCUCCAAACCACCAGCAAUGGCAUUGUUAAUAAUCUUCUCAGUAAUCCGGCAAUGGUGUCUCAACAGUCAGCAGCAUCGAAUGCAUAUCAUGUACAAGCCACACAACAACAGCAGCCGUUGCCACAACAUACACAUCAAAUUCCAGCUAAUAUACAGCAACACACAGCGCCAACACAACUGCAGCAGCAGCAGCACAUACAACAUAACGAUAUUAAUGAUGCUCAGGAAAUAUCAAGAAUAUUACAACAAUGUCACAAUGGCAAUAUAAUACAAACAUCAACUUCUACGUCGUCAUCGUCGUCGUCAUCAUCUUCCCCAACGACAGCUAGUGAUUCAACUUUAGACAGUGCAAAGGUAGAUCCUGAACAAGCUUUAAUGCCGCCACCUUCCUCGAUCUUAUCGCCCUCCAUGAACAAUAACAACAGUAACAGUUUUGAUACACUGAAAAGAGAAACACUUGCCACUGCAACAGCAGCAGCAACCUCACCGUUUGUAACCGCAUUUUCAAAUCAUCUCAAUCACAAUAGUAUACAACAACCUCCGCUUCUUCCCAUCCAACUAACCGAUGAACAAAAAGAACUGGCCCGUAAACACAAUCAAGACCUACGUGCUCAAGUUUUCCGCGAUAUCCGCAAACCGGGUCGCAACUACUCCCAACUAUUGGAACAUUUGAAUUUGAUAAAAGGUGAUCUAGAUAUGAAAUCAAAUUUCAUACAAAUGUGUAUAACCGAAUCGUUAAGAUUUCGUCGCAAACAAAUGGUCAACAGCAUACAGGAAUGGUGGGAUAAAAAACAGCAACAAUUGCAAGCAACCAGUUAACAAUUACUAAUGUAAACUAAAGUAUUCUUAAACCCUAUACAUACAAUAUACAUAUAGUACAUACAUAUAUAAAUGAGCAUUGAAGCGGUUGAUCGAAUGAAAAUUAUGUUGAAAACAGACGGGUAGAGGAGAGGAUCUACAUAAGUAAUGACAUUGUGAAAAAUUUGCUUUUACUUAUUAGUGUGUUCUUUUUUUUUAAUUAAUUACUUGAAUGUGUAUUAUUUUUGUUCAUUUGUUUGAGGUUCGACAAUAAUGGUUUUACUUGUUGCCGUAUCCUUAUUUUACAAUACCGAAUACAGACUUAAUAU